AUGAGAGUAAUAAUAUUAGCCUUAUUGGUCGUUUGUACCAUAAUUAAUUAUUAUUGUGCUGUUCAGAAUAAUGGAAAUAGAAGUUUGAAUAUUAUGCCUACUUGUAGUAAGCCUGGAAAUGAUAGUGAGGAUAUUGAUAAUGAGACAAAUGAUGUAGAUAAUAAGAAUAAUGAUUUAGGAAAUGCAAAUGAUAAUAAUGAAAUGAAUAAUGAAAUGAAUAAUGAAAUGAAUAAUGAAAACGCGGAAUCAAAAAAUACGUUAGGAGAAAAUUUAAAUAAUCCAGAACAAUUAAAUGAAAAUGUACAUGCUAAUAGUGAUGCCAUGUAUGAAGGAGCAUCUUUAAGUGAUAAUCCACCACAAGAAAAUGCUGAUUUAAAUAAUAAUGAGCAAGAAUAUGGUCCCCCAAAUGAAGAAUCAGUAUCUGAUAGUAAUGUAGAAAAUGUAGAAGCUGCAACAGAUGAUAGUGGUAAUGAUAAUAUUAAUAAUAAUGAUAAUUUUAAUAAUGACGAUAAUUUUAAUAAUGAUGAUAAUAUGAACAAUGAUGAUAAUAUGAAUAAUGAUGAUAAUAUGAAUAAUGAUGAUAAUAUGAAUAACGAUGAUAAUCUUAAUAAUGAUGAUAAUAUGAACAAUGAUGAUAAAAUCAAUGGAGUAAACGAAUCUGAUGAUAAAGCUUUGAACGAAGAAGAAGCUACAAUUAAUGAAAUGGGUAAGAUAAGUAACCCUUUUGAAGAUAUGUUAAAAGGAAAAGUUGAUGAAAUGGAUUUUGGAAAUAUGAUGAAUAAAGAUAAUUUCAAUUCAUUUUUAAAUUCAUUAACAGGAAAUAAAGAUGGUAGUGGAAAAAAUCCACUUAGUGAUAUGAUGAAUAUUUUUGGUGUAUCACCAACAGGAAAAGAAGGUGGAGCAGAUGGAGUGAGUAAAGAAAAUCAAAUGAAAAAAAUUAAUGAAUUAAAAGACAAAUUAGAAACAAUGUUAAAAGGUGCUGGUGUAAAUGUAGAUAAAAUUAAAGAUAGUAUUAAAAAUAAUGAUUUAUUAAAAAAUAAACAAUUAUUAAAAGACGCUAUAUCCAAAUUAACAUUAGACCCUUCAAUGAUGAAUAUGUUUAAUAAUAAAGAUGGAACUAAUGGAAAACCUUUUGAUAUAAAUCCAGAAAGUAUGAUGAAAAUGUUUAACACCCUUUCUAAUGGAAAAGGAAAUCUUGGUGACUUAAAUAUGAACACAGAUAAUGGAUCAUUUGAUUCAUUUAAUGAUGAUGGUGUUGAUAAUAAUUUAGUUCCUACCAAUCCUAAUUCAAAAAAUAAUAAUGAAGAUGACAAAAAAAGUGAUGACGAUGAGGAUAAUUAUAAUGAUAAAUCAUUUGUUGUAAAUUCUAAAUAUGCUGAUAAUUCCUUUGAAGAUAAAUUUAAUACUUUUGAUGAAAAGGAUGAUGAUGUUAAAUAUGAAUUGUUUGAUGAAAAUGUAGGAGAAGAAGAAUCUUUUUCAACAAAUGAAAAACAUUCAAAUAAUAAUAACAAUACAUAUAAUAGUAGCCAACAAGGAGUGGUUGAUAAAAGUUUUGAUGAAAAUGAUGAACCAUUAAUAUCAUCAUCACAAUUUGAUAAUAAUAAGAAAAAUAAAUUAUCACUUUCUACACAUAAUAAAAAAUCCAAAAAUAUUAUGGAUUCCUUAGAUUUAGAAAGUACUAACUAUGGAUCAAACUCUUCCUCAUCUAUUAACAACAGUCACAAUAGUAAAAAUAAGAAUAGCAAGAAAAAUAAUAAGAAAAAAUCAUCCUACAAAGAUGAUAUAAGAACAGAUGGUAAAGUUGCCUUUGAUAUGCCUACCUUCCAGAAAACAAUCAAAAAUUUUGGUGGUGCAAAUAAUGAAAUAGUCCAAAAUAUAUUAAAGAAAUAUGUAACCUUUGAUACUGAUGAUGACAAUGAUGUAGAAGAUGAAGAUGACGAGGAUGAUGAUGAUGAUGAUUUGGAUGAAGAUGAAUUUAGUGUUAAAGAUAUUAAGAAAUUAAUCGAAGAAGGUGUUUUAGAUUAUGAAGAUUUAACUGAAAAUGAAUUAAGAAAAUUAGCUAAACCUGAUGAUAAUUUCUAUGAAUUAUCACCAUAUGCAAGUGAUGAAAAAGAUUUAUCAUUAAAUGAAACUUCUGGAUUAACAAAUGAACAAUUGAAAAAUUUCUUAGGACAAAAUGGUACAUAUCAUAUGAGUUAUGAUUCUAAAUCUAUUGAUUAUGCUAAACAAAAGAAAUCAGAAAAGAAAGAGGAUCAACAAGAAGAUGAUGAUGGAUUCUAUGAUGCUUAUAAACAAAUUAAAAACUCAUAUGACGGUAUUCCAAAUAACUUUAACCAUGAGGCUCCACAACUUAUAGGUAACAAUUAUGUGUUUACAUCAAUAUAUGAUACUAAAGAAAACUUAAUAAAAUUCUUAAAAAAAAAUAGUGAAUAUGAUUUAUACGACGAUGAUGAUGAUGAAAGUGGAACCUUUAAAUCUCCUUUAUAUGACAAAUAUGGAGGAAAGUUACAAAAAUUCAAAAGACAAAGAGCAUUUAAUUUACUUAAACAAUGGAGAGCAAAAGAAAAAAAAUUAAAAGAAAAGAAAAAGAAAGAAGAAAUGGAAGCAAAUAAUGAUUUCGACUUUUCUAAAAAUUAUAAAUUUUCAUCUAAAAAUGAUGGAGGUGUUACUAUGUUUUCAAAAGACCAACUUGAAGAUAUGGUAAAAAAUUUUGGAGGAAAACCUAGUGCUCAAGUAACUAAUUCUUUCUCACGUAAAGAAAAUCCAUUUGUCCCUACUAAUAUAAAUAAUAAUUCAAAUGAUGAUGAUAUGGAUAAUGGAUAUGUUACAUUUGACGGAAAAAAUAAGGUCUCAGAAAAUGAUGAAGAUGAAAAAGGAAAUAACAAUGAUGAUGAAAAUGAUAACGAUGAUUCUAAUGAAGAAGAAGAAUUAGACGAAGAUGAAGACGACAAUUAA